CACACACUCUCCUCCAUUAGAAGACCCAAACUCCGACCAACACACACCAUUACCAACAAAGUGUUAAAAUAACAAAACCGCCAAGUAAUUACGCCUCUUCCUCCGCCUCCAUAUAUCCUCCAUCCUUGAUUCUUUCUUCUAUGUACAUGCUCUUACUGUUUUCCAAAUUCACAUGCCUUUCCAUUUUCCCUUCUCAUUUUCCUUUCCAUUCCUUCGCCCUCUUACGCUCUGUUUCCUUUCUUGCAACCCCCUCCUCCUUCUGACCCUAACCACUGAUUGUCUGCUUCGACUGUGAAUAUGGAACCGCGUGUGUUUGAUAAUAUCAAGUUUGAGAAGGAAAAGGCGGUUGCCAGGUUCAAUCGCUUUCGCAGAUUACUGAAGCUAUGGCAACUUCUCGAGGUUUUUGUGGUGUUUGGGUUGAUUUCGUGGUCCUCCGCACGUCUUCCUGCGGUUUUGAGAAUAACCGGCGGGUAUUUUGUUGAGGUUUCUACUUACCUGUUCAACCACCACGUCGUGUUCCUCAUCGGAAACGCCAUCAUCGUCUUGUUGUUCAUGCUUUGCCGCCAAAACGACGACGUCAGUCUCUCCGGCGGCGGUGAUUUUUACGAUGAUUACGUGAAGUACAGCGAGGCCGCUCAUCGACGCGAGACUGCUACUCUGCAGGAUGACAUGCCGGCUGAGGAAUCCGGCAGCGUCUCUAAGGAGAAGCAGAUUGUUCUGCGCACGGAAGAGAGGAAGGGAAUUCCGCAAUGCGAUGACGUGGCGGCGGCCAUAGAGAAGGCGACGAGGCAAAUAAAUAGGUUUCAGAGGACACAAUCGGAGAAACUGAAGCAAGAGAUCGCGGUGAGGCCUCGGCGGGAGCUUCGAAGAUCGGAGACGGAGAACAACCGAGAAACAGUGAGUUCCAGUCCGUCAGACGCGUCGGAGAUCGAGACUCUGAGCAACGAAGAGUUCCGACGAAGAGUGGAUGCCUUCAUUGAUAAACACUGGAUCAAAGACAAAACGAGACGAAAUCAGUUAAAAGAACACGAGAAUUACCAGUUACUGAAAAUUGCGUAAUUCUAGCAAGAAAAUGUGAAAUCCAGUGUUAAAUUUCUGUUCAAACGUUCAGUUGCCACGGAUUAUUGUUACGGUACAGGGCUGGAACUGUCUCUAAUUCUCCAUUUCUCCUGAAUUAGAAGGCCAAAUCAAUAUUCUCUAUUUUUACA